AUGUCCGAGUCUGUCUCAGUCCGUUCCGCUCUGAAGCAGCACAAUGGAGUUAUUCGCCUGAUGGAAGCCCACGAUCCAGUCUCGAGUGAUAUUGUUCGAAACUUCCAGAUUCAGGGAAAUGGCUUCCAGGGUCUAUGGGUCAGUGGCCUAACCCAGACCACCCAUCUUGGGAUUCCUGAUACCGAGAUCAUAACCCCUCUUCUGCGUGCAACCCUGCUAGCAGCAACCCUCAAAUCGGGUUCACCAGGCGACCGUAAGCUGUGUGCAGCCUUUGAUGCUGAUAGUGGAGGAGACAUUCCCUCAAUUCCAGCUUUGGUGCGAAUUCUUAACUCAAUGGGAGUCUCUAUGAUUGUGAUUGAAGACAAAGAUCUUCAUGCGCCCGGCGAAAAGGUCAACUCUCUUCUGCCCGCCGAUGGAUCCCAGGCCCAGGCCAAUCCUCAUGAGUUUGCCCGCAAGAUCCACACUUUCAUCAGAGAGACCUAUGGCACUGAAAUCAUGAUCACUGCCAGAAUCGAGUCAUUCAAUACCCGUAUUGUGAUGGAUGAUCCCGAAGAGGACGCUGCAUCCGUCCGCAACGCCCUUGCAGAUGCUUUGUCCCGAGCUGAAAUCUACACGGACGCCGGUGCCGACGCGGUCAUGAUUCAUAGCAAGAGCAAAGACCCUGACGAAGUCCUUGAAUUCAUCCGUGCAUUCCGUGCAAAGAAUCCUCAUAUCCCUGUUGUAGUGGUUCCUACUACCUACUCCACUACCCCACGCCAAACCCUGAUUGAUGCCGGCGCAAACGUGAUCAUCUAUGCCAAUCAUUUGAUGCGAGCCAAGAUUAAGGGAGUUCACAAAGUUGCUAAAGCCCAGCUUGAGAUCAAUCCAGCUCUUUUCGCCGACAAUGAAGAAGCACGAGCUUCCCUUGAUGCUCAGAACUACGGCAGCCUUCUACGAGUUCUAAAGAAAAUGGAUUUUGAGAAUGGAAAGAAUGCCGAAGCGAUGACGUUUUACGUGGCAGCAAAGCAACGCGCUAUCAGCUCUAUGGCAAGAGCUACUUUGGAAUUGCUCUUGGGAGAUAAAUCCGGUUGUGAGGCUGAUUCACUGAUGAUCACUGUGAAGGAUCUGCUGAAGAUCAAUUCCUAUGAGGUGGGACAGCUUUGA